AUGUCAUCCGACUUCGGCGUGCACCAGUUGUUGAUGCCAUUUGACGGCAAUCAGCCUGGUCCAUCGAGGAUGAUGGUCGGUUCGCCAGCUGACUCGUCCCCUACCACGGACGCUUCAGAUCUGCUUCGUCUACUCACCGAAGGCAACGGCUCUUCCCAUUCUCCGAAAGCGCAUCUGGAACGUCUUCUGAGUGGUGUCGAUCUGCCGCAUGAUAUCACCUCGUCUCCGAUGGAAGUACCGACCACGUUCUCAAUGGGCAUUGAUCUCUCCAUGUACGGCGACCUUGGAUGUGCUGGAGCGUUACGGUACGAAUUCCUCGAAGACGUUAAAAUGUCCGAAAUGCAAUUGGCAUUACAAAUAUCAAGAGACACUGGAGAUUCAUAUGAAGGAAAAACAUGCGGAAGGAGAGAAUGGACAAAUCUCCGAACAGAUGGGUAUAUUUGUCUUGAUCACACUGGCAAUGCUGGUCGUAUGGUCACAAAUAUGGUGAAAUGUGGCUAUUGCGCAGAGAACCGCGCCCAUCCAAAAUUAGCUCGUGGCGAAAGCUAUUCGUGCGGUUACAAACCCUACAGGUGUGAAUUGUGCAAGUACAGCACGACGACGAAAGGAAAUCUGAGCAUACAUAUGCAAAGUUGCACAAACAUACUGAUGCUGUCUAAGGAAUUGCCAAGUAGCAUCGGUAAGACUUUCAGAGUCACAGAGCGUCCCUUUCCCUGCCCACCAGCUCGAUCUCCACCGUCGGACGGUGAUCGUUCGUUAGUAUGUGUGGUGUGCGGUAUGCUUCUCUAG